AUCGAUGAACCUCUUCUUUUAAAGACAUUAGAAACAUCCAGGAGGUAUAUCCUACUGUGCGACGAUGUAAUAAGAUCCGACCUAGGUCGAUCAGCAUCACUCAAAUUCUAUCGCGUCGACUCUACCGGCGUGGUCAUGUCAUGGCAGGUCGUCGAUUUUCCCGCGCGAUAUUUGCCAUCUAACGUCGCGUUCAAUAAACGUGUAGUGUCAAGCCGAGAAGCGUCUAUCGGACGAAGGAAUUCGAAAAUUUAAACGGACAAGUUUAGUCAGUCGGGAUGCGCAGUUAAAAGUGACGAGACCGUCGUAUAUAAAUUCCAAGAGCCGUCCCACGUCGUGGACAAACAUACGUGUACCUUGUAUCGUCGAAGCUCGCGAAAUCGUUCACUGGAUUCCGGCGGAAAGAAGAUACGCCGAGGGAAUCGUACGAACGAGACAGAGAGUUUUCAAAAUAAUAACAUCGCCGUGUGUCGUGUUCUCUCGGUUAGCCGCUCCUCGAGCGAGACCUGCCCUGGGAACGGAUCAGUCGAUGCUUUUUUUUGCCCUUUGGAAACAACGCAUUAGUAUGUAGACGCAUGUUCGUGACAUAGCUACACCAAAUAGGAAAAGACGCUCUACAAAUGGUAAACCCGGCACGUUCGCGAACAAUUCGGAAAAGAGACGUUCGAUAUUUAAACGGCACAGCGGCCUGAGCACUCACCGCUGGGAUUGUACAACGAUAAACGAAACAAAUUUACGUAGAGAUAAUUCAGAAGACACAGAUCGCGAACGGUGGAGGAACAGGAUGUGUUAAAUGACAAGAUACACGGUUCAUAUUCAGUUACACUGAUUUAUAUAUAUAUAUAUGUGUGUGUAUACGUUGUUUGCUGAGCCAUCGAUCAGGGACACGCUCCGCUCGAUUAACCGAAUUUAACGAAUCGUAUCCUUUACGGAAAGCAUUCAGAAGCACGUUAUACACAUGUCAUGAAAGAGCGUGCCGACGGAAAGAGAUACGUUCGAAUAUAUAUUUAUGUUGCAUAAUUAUUUAUCACGUUAUCGCGCUGCUAGAACAGAACGAAUUUAUUUUUACAUUUUUUACAAACGAGUGUGAAUAGCGUAUGAGUCGAUACAGCGCGUUACUGGCUGUGAGACGCUUGCUCUCGUCGUGGAUCAUCGAGACCUCAUACGUGAAAUUAGCAUAUUUUAGAUAGUUUUUCUACGUUUAUUUUGACUAUGUAUCACACUAUGUAUCCGCCACAAAUAAUGGUGCAGAUAAUGGGUGGCCAACAGGCAAAUGGACAGUGCCUGCCAAUUCAGUCGCACGCAAUGCACAUGCAUGGUGCCAGCGCUUACCAUCAGUCAGAAUACGCAAAAUAUCGCUCGGAUGGUUGUUCACAGAACAGGCAUCAAAUGAUACAGACAGGAUCUUAUCCACUGGAGCUAUUGCAGUUAAUGGGGGUCGAGAUACCGUCGUUGAGGCGGAUAGAUUACGUGCAAUCGAACGGUGGUGGCACACCUCCGGGACACUGGCCGAGACGCGUAAACACGUCGAACGGUUCGCCCGUUUUGCCGUCCCCGCACCUCCCGUACAGACCGAGCAACAACAGUCUGGCGAACAAGAAAUCGAACUGGUACAAGAAACUGAGCACAAGGACGCCGUAUCGGGACACGUCGUUCGGGAACAACGACAAGUACGGCAGCGACAAUGGGUUCAGUCCACGGUCCCCGGUCCCGAAUAAACAUCACGUCGACGGUAGUCAAACGGAAAGUUCGGACGAACGAGAUUCCGUGGGUUCCUCCAUAGAUCAGAGUAUGAAGAAAUCGCACAAACCUCAGCCGACUAACGAUAACAGAGUGACGCAGUACGGCGUGAUUUCGAGCAGUUCCCCGCAUCAGUAUUACCAAGCUCAACGACCCCUCGACUGUUACCCUCCCACCAGCUUGGCGACGUCCAGGACUCAAGUGCAACAGACCUACCAGAACAAGAGAAGGUACCAUUCAGGUACGAUGACGAACGGAGAGCGUGUGUCGUUCCGCCGUUUAUUUCAGGGAUCAGAGAUCACGUUUUUAGGGAGGAACAGUCCGCCUCUGCAGAGAGUACCGAGAAACAAAAGGUUCCUAGGAAUGUUGCCGCCGAAUUAUAACGCGUUCCCCAGAUGCGGAAUCGCUCCAGAUCGAUUCCUCGCUAGGUCGCAUUUGGUCGAGGUGACGCACACGCCGGAGGAUCUGCUCGACGGGUCGAUCUGGGACAGGCUGUCGACAGACGUCUGGUCAAAGUUCAUGUUGAAUCAACAAACGGAGAACGUCUAUACGAAGAAAAUGAUGCUCUGGAGAUAUCUUUACAUAUAUAUCAAGGGUACAUUUCCGAAAUACGGUUUGUUCCUGGUCGGUUCCACGAUGAACGGGUUCGGAUCCGACAAUAGCGACGUCGACAUGUGCCUUCUAGUGAGGCAUACGGAAAUGGAUCAGAGGAACGAGGCUGUCGGUCACUUGGAACAGAUAUUAAAAUGUCUAAAGAGAUGCGGUACACGUUCAGCUGAAUUUCUCGUUUCACAUCGCUGUACUCUGUUUAAUACGUUCCUCUCGUUGUUCUCGACAGAUUUUAUAGAGCAGUUAGAACUGAUCCAAGCCAAAGUACCGAUCCUGAAAUUCCACGAUUCCAUACAAAAUUUAGAAGUCGAUUUGAACUGUAACAACGCAGUCGGCAUUCGUAAUACCCAUCUUCUUUAUUGUUACUCGCGAAUCGACUGGAGGGUGAGACCACUGGUGCUCGUGGUCAAACUUUGGGCACAAUCGCAGGACAUCAACGACGCCAAGAACAUGACGAUAUCCAGUUAUUCUUUAGUUCUCAUGGUGAUUCACUUCUUGCAGUGCGGUGUCAACCCACCGGUGUUGCCUUGUCUGCAUUCGCUUUACGAGGGCAAAUUCGGGCCGCACACAGACAUCCAUUUUAUAGACAUCCAAGAAGAACUGGACGUUCCAGCUUCCGCGUUACGGCUCAGAAACCGACAAUCGUUAGGCGAAUUGUUGGUGGAAUUUUUUCGAUACUACGUCACGUUCGAUUUCAGUCAGUACGCGAUAUCGGUCCGCCUGGCUGACAAAAUACCGAUAGAAGACUGUCGAAGAGCUCGGUCUUACAAAAACGAUCCGCAUCAGUGGAAAUAUCUGUGCAUCGAAGAGCCGUUUGAUCUGACCAACACUGCUAGAUCUGUCUACGACCCGGAGGUGUUCGCGAGGAUCAAGCACAUUUUCGAUUGCACGUACCAGAACUUGAAGGAAUACCACGAUCUAGCCAGGAUAUUCGUCAAGGUGAACUCGAGCAGCUCACCGUACAUCGUCACGUAACCGAGUCGACGGCAGGCUAGUAUAGAAGUAUUCACGUUAUCAUAGUGUAAUUUUAUACGUAUGAAAAACGAUUCGUUUCCGCGAUCGGCCUCCUUCGAACAUAGUAAUUACGCAUUACAUAUUAAAUACGAGGCGCUCUUCGACCGAUACCGUCAGCGCGCGUGAGACAAAACAAAAGUACAACGAGGUAACAUUACGCGUUCACCUCUCGAGCCAAUUGCUCGGCUCGUAUCUUGUGAUAAUGGCCCGCGUCUUCGUGCGACGGCUCAUCCGUUACGUUUAGACGCUCGAGUUUUCGUUCUCCUCGUAUCGUUCUGUUCCCGUUUCAUUUCCCUUUAUUUUUUUAAAUGCGUGAACGUGUAACUCUGCCGCUUGACUCGCGAGUUUCCGAUACGGUUCGAGAAGAGGGGUGGUUCUUUUACUUUCCUUUGAAAAAGAUUCGUUGAUUCGAGGAGCGGCGUUAAAUCGAGCCGGACGUUCGGUAGCGAGUGGCAAUCGUGUAAGCAUGCACACGCGACGGUUCUCCCACUCGCGUUCAAGUAUUGUUCGAGAUUCGAUGUACGUACUGCAGUGUUUCGCGAAGCGUGUUUCGAAAUUCCAGAUACGCGAGAUCACGGUGCCUUAAAAUCGUCGGCCACUGUUCAACUUACUGCUGCCACGUGGCCUCUCGUUUGUAAAACAAAAGAAAAUAUUCUAAAAACAAGUCUCGGUUCUCAUUGACAAUUACUUACGGUAAAAAAGAAGAAAUCAAAAUUAGCUCGAUGCAAACAAAAACUAUACGUCUAAAAUAACAAAAAAAAAGUAUUCGUCAUCGAAAUUUUUCUAGAAUUUAAAGUUAUUCAUAUAUACGAUGUAAGAGGUACUUAUUCUAAAUUUAAAAACUAAAAAAGCAGAAAAAAAAAUUUGUGAGAAACUUGAAACGUACGCUUAAGAAAGUAUUUAAAAACAAAAAAUAUCUCGACGAGAUAUAAAAAAAAAAUAUAUAAAAAUGUAAAAGCAAAGUAUGGCUUGAGAAGAGGAGUGAAAGGUAAAAAAAAAGAAGGUAAGAAAAAAUGAAAUACCGUCUCGAAGAACGAGGGAGAAAUUAAUUGGAGCUGCUUGAACGAGAUCGAUCGAGUGCUACUAAAAUCAUUGAUCAAAUUCUUAUUGUUGAAUGUGCCAAAAAAAUGUGAUUAAUUUGGUCUUCCAUACGUUCGAGCAGACUCUGCGAUUCGAGCACACUUGUCCCGAUACGAUCGAUCUCCCGAAGAGACGAGUCGAAAUUAUCGUACGAUGAUCGUACACGAAAAUUUUAUCAUUAGACCGAACGACGAUAAUUCCCAUUUUGUUACAUCACGUAAUUCGCAAUAGUUUUCGUUCUGUACUUGGUUGUAAGACAGACAUUCGAUUAACAGAGUUCCUAUACUUAACGAUUAGGGGAAGGAAACGGAAGGUUUCCGGUGACGUUACUAGUCUUUGCGUUUGUAGAACGUGAAAUUUAUACACGCGCAACGCGUUAAACGUUUGAAGCAUCGUGUUCGAGUAAAAAAGAAGGCUGUGUUGAUGUAAUAUAAAACUCGUUGCGAUCGCUGACACGAUCCCCGGGCCUGUGGGCAUUUUCGUUAAUUAAAAAUCGAGCGGAACGAGUCGCGUUCCGUUCGGUCAUCGAAUUUAAACGCGAACAAAUUUUCAGACGAACUUUACCGUGUUCCACGACAGGCCUGAUAUAUUUUUCUAAUGAUUUGUUUACUGAUUUUUGUAACAGAUGUAACGGAAUAUUAAUCAUCUUGAUUCCCAGAAAAAGAAGCUAAAUAUCCGUAAAUCUUCCCAAUUCUCUUUGUCAAUUCCACGCAAAACACGUGUUACGACGCUAAAUUCUAAGGCGACGACAUCGAACUUUUGUAAUUUCCAUUUUGUUGUUAAAUAAAAGCUAUUUAUAUACAUAAAACUCCAA